GCUGGAAAAGAUGAAGAAGCUAAUAGAUGUGAUGGAAAGAUUUCUUACUUGGUCAAGGAAAAUGAAAGCCAAGCCGAGUAAAUGCGUAUCCCUGGGGAUGAAGGUUAUAGAUGGAAGGCAGUGGACGGAUCAGGCCUUAAUGGAGUGAUGAAAUGCUGGAUUUACAACAACCUCCUAACCAGCAAGCUCUCCUGGGACCUGAUGAUCUACAAUCUCCCGGUUAGUUUUGUCAAAGAUCUUGAAGCAAUAUGUACGAAGUAUCUGAAGAAAUGGCUAGGUGUAACAAAGACAAUUACUGUCAGUGUGCUUUACAGAAAUAAGGAUUGCUUUGGAUUGAAUCUUAAAAGACUAUCGGACUUAUACAAGUUCCUUCAGGUGUCCAAAGGUUACUCUCUAAAGAACAGCAAGGAUCCUAAAGUUAAGGAGGUCUACGAGCACAGGGCCAAGAAACAAGAAGGGAGCAGUCGGUGGGGUUACACUAAUGAGCUGAGUGCUAGAGAAAGAGAUCUCUACUUCAGAGAGUUAGUAGGGGUAACAGUGCAAGGCAGGAUGGGCUUGGGAUCCAAGAGGAGUGUAGCCAGUGAAAAGGAAAAACUGAAAGAACUGGUAUCCCACAUCUCAGAGCAGGAUAUCCUGUUGACACUGGUAGACAAGGGAGUUCAAGGACAAUUCUUAACAUGGGAAAACACCAUGCAGCUAGACCUAGGUUGGAACAACCUUAUUUACAACUACAAGAUGAGCCCUGCUCUUCUUAAGUUCCACCUCAAUGCAACCCAUGACGUUGCAAAUACUCCAGCAAACAUGAGCCUGUGGAACUAUGCUGACACAGGACACUGUCCACUUUGCGGAUGGAGACACUGCAACAUUAAGCACAUUUUGGUAGCUUGCAACUUCUCGCUGAACAACAAACGAUACAAUUGGAGGCAUGACAACGUGCUGCGGGUCAUUGCGAAAUCCCUACUGGAUCAAAUCGAGAAGUUCAACAACAAAGAUUUUAAACUUGAAGUUCAGGACUGGACAGGCUUCAAGUCAUCUAGCAGCUGUUACCAAAAACCGAAGACGAAGAUGAAAAGAGAGAGCCCUUUUGAGAAAGACCAAGAUUGGCAGAUUAUCUGGGACGAAGAUGACCUCCCAGCACAGUUCCCCCAGCACAUCUACGGAACUGCAGAACGUCCCGAUAUUGUAGUCUGGUCUGAUAAAGGAAAGGUGGUCAUAUUAGUAGAGUUGACAGUUGGUGACGAGAGUAACUUUAGUGACCAAGUAGAACGUAAACAAGCACGUUACAACAGAGAGCUUAUUCCUGGGCUGCAUGGCAGUGGGUGGAAAGCUCAGCUUUUUACGGUAGAGGUUGGGUGUAGAGGCUUCUGGCAUCAUACCUUACCAGCCCUACUAAACUACUUUGGUGUUACAAAGAGAGUAAAGAAAGCAGUGUUCCAAGAGGCGGCUUUGGUUGCUCUCAGAUGUUCCUAUGCAAUCUGGUUAGCAAGAGAAAACAAGAAGUGGAGUCCCUGCUACAACAUCGCACAAAGACCCACUGUUCUACCAUCAACUGAGUGAGCUGAGUGUUGGGCCCUUAAAACAUUGUUUAAAGCCACACCUGGAAUCUCAAGUACCAGGAUCAGUGAUGGAAGCUAAGCAGAUACAUAGAUGGAGUUGCUAUCGAAAGAUAUAGAACUCAGG